CUCACCGGAGCAGAGGAUUUUUAAUGCACAGACAGAAACAGAACCAGAAGAAAGAAAAAGAAAGAACAAAGGAAGAAGGAAGAAUGGGUUCAACAAUUGGAGAAGAAAGCCCACGUUCCCCCCUUGUCUCUCUGGAUUAUACCCUUUUAGAAUAAUCUUUUCAAAGAAAGAGAAUCUAAAGUGUUCUUUCGCCAUUUCCCAUUGUUCCCAAGUUGUUUUGUUAGCAGAUUCAUGUAUAGUUUAGUUAUUAAGCAGUGUUCUUGUUCUUGUUCAUGUUCAUUUCAAGAAGAAGGUACCUGAAAUAGAGUUCUUCUUGUUCUUGUUCUGCUUCUUCAUUUCAACAAAAUCUACAAGCAGACAUGUUUGCUGCCAUUGCCAUUCUGUUGUUCAGCUGGUUUUUGAGCUCCUCUCUGCCUUCUAUGGCAGCUUUCAGUUUCAAUCUCACUGACCCACAUCUUCUUCCAGAUCCUGAAACUGUUGCUUAUGAAGUUCAGAGGAGUGUGAAUGAUUCAUUUUCAAGAAGGGAAAUGCUGUCGAUUCAUUCUAAAGGUCAAUCGAAUUCCUGUCAAACUGGAAACCCUAUCGAUGAUUGUUGGCGCUGCGGUUCGAACUGGCAAGACAAUCGCCAACGGCUUGCAGAUUGCAGCAUUGGAUUUGGCCGAAACGCCAUGGGAGGUAAAGGAGGUCAGAUCUACAUAGUUACAGAUUCCUCCGACUCCGACCCUGUAAACCCUCGCCCUGGAACUCUCCGCUACGCUGUGGUUCAAGAUGAACCUCUCUGGAUCGUCUUUGCUGCAGACAUGACUAUCAAACUCAAGUACGAACUCAUGAUGAACAGUUACAAAACCCUAGAUGGCCGCGGCGCAAAUGUCCACAUAACCGGCGGCGGUUGCAUCACACUUCAGUACAUCUCGAAUGUAAUCAUCCACAACAUCAACAUUCAUCACUGUAUCCCUACCGGUCACACUAACGUCCGAUCAAGCCCUACGCACGUCGGAUACAGAGGAAAGUCCGACGGCGAUGGAAUCUCAAUCUUCAGCUCGCGCAACAUCUGGAUCGAUCAUUGCUCCUUAUCGUACUGUACCGACGGCUUAAUCGACGCCAUAAUGGGAUCGACCGGAAUCACGAUCUCGAACAACUACUUCUCGCACCACGACGAGGUGAUGCUGCUGGGGCAUGAGGACGGCUAUACGCCAGACUCGGGGAUGCAGGUGACGAUUGCGUUUAAUUUGUUCGGCGAGAAGCUGGUUCAGCGGAUGCCGCGGUGCCGGCGGGGUUAUAUACACGUGGUCAACAACGAGUUCCGAUCGUGGGAGAUGUACGCCAUCGGCGGUAGCGGUGGUCCGACGAUCAACAGCCAAGGGAAUCGGUAUAUUGCGCCGGGGAAUCCCAAUGCGAAGGAGGUGACGAAGCGCGUGGACACAAACGCGGGGGAUUGGUCGGAGUGGAACUGGAGGACGGAGGGGGACAUUAUGGUAAAUGGUGCAUUUUUUGUGCCGUCCGGCGAAGGACUGAGCAAUAUGUACGUUAAAGCUUCGAGUGUGGCGCCCAAAUCCGCCGCUCUUGUCGACCAACUCACUCUCAACGCCGGCGUCUUCGGCGGGACCAGGGAGAGUAGACAGAGCAGCUCGUACCCUGGAGACGAGAGCUUUUCCAAUUCCGGGUCCAGUGGCAGCGAUGGCGGUGGUGACUACUUCGGGAUGAUAUUCGGCGGGGGCGGUGUGAACAGUGCACUGCCACCAUCUCUUUCAGUUGUUAACAUGGUCGUUCUAACUCUGCUUACUAUUUUAGUUCUGUACACAAACUCCAUCUAUGAUGCUUUAUUAUCAUUGACAGCAUUGUAGUACUUGGAAAAGUUCAGAAAAUGUUAUAUAAACUACAAAAGGAAAAGAAAAAAAAGAUGCCUCUUUCUAUAUC